AUGGCCGGUGCCGCCGUGACCGCGCGUUCUGCAGCCGUGGCCGUUGCCGCCGCGGCUGGUGCAGCCGUGGCCGCGCGUUCUGCAGCCGUGGCCGCGCCGCUCUCCCGCCUCGGGCCGCUCCUCCGCCCCAGGCUGCUCUCCCGCCUCAGGCUGUCCCCGCUGCCCUCCCGCACCCUCCGCAGCACCCCCCCUGCCCGCUGCUUCCAGGUGAGCGCCGCCAAGAAGGCGAAGGAAGCCGGCGGUAACGCGAGCCCGGCGCUGAGCGCGGAGCAGCAGGAGCGCAUCCGCAGGAACAAGGAGGCGGCGCGGCAGCUGCUGGCGGAGCGGAACGUGCCCCCGGGCUUCGGCGACAGCUGGCGGCGGCAGCUGGCCGGGGAGUUCUCCAAGCCCUACUUCGCGGAGCUGAUGGCGUUCGUGGCCGAGGAGAGGAAGCGCUACACGGUGUAUCCGCCCCCCGAGCAGGUCUUCACCUGGACGCAGAUGUGCGACAUCUGGGAUGUAAAGGUUGUUAUUUUGGGACAAGAUCCAUACCAUGGACCCAGGCAAGCUCAUGGGCUCUGCUUCAGUGUCCAGAAACCUGUUCCACCUCCCCCCAGCUUGGAGAAUAUUUACAAGGAGCUGUCUGAGGACAUUGAGGGCUUCACCCACCCUGGCCAUGGGGACCUGACGGGCUGGGCCAAGCAAGGGGUGCUGCUGCUGAACGCGGUGCUGACGGUUCGGGCUCACCAGGCCACGUCCCACAAGGAGAGGGGCUGGGAGCAGUUCACGGACGCUGUGGUGUCCUGGCUCAACAAGAACCUGCACGGGCUCGUCUUCAUGCUCUGGGGAGCCUAUGCCCAGAGGAAAGGCAGCUCCAUCGACAGGAAGCGUCACCACGUCCUGCAGACCGUUCAUCCCUCACCCCUCUCUGUCAACAGAGGGUUCUUUGGCUGCCGGCACUUCUCCAAGACCAAUGAAUUCCUCAAGAAAUCUGGGAAGAAGCCCAUUGACUGGAAAGCACUCUGAGCUGGGGCUGGGGCUUGGGAGCAGCCUCUGGGCCAUUUCUG